AUGACGACGACACCAGUUAUUUGCAAUGAAAAAUACGGCUAUGUGGUUGCAGCACCGGAAACUGUUGCUGAAGAGGUGGAGGUUGUUGGGGCGGAACAUGUCCUCAUCCACGUCAACAACGAGCCCGUCAGUUCAUCAUUUGUCAAAAAUGACCAUCAUUCCCCUCGCCUCCUCAUCCGUGUGACCUUCAAGAACAUGACAUUUGACCUCGAUGUGUCACUCAACACAGGCCUUCUCUCGUCAACGUACAAAGAGUUUUAUAUCAGAAACAACACCGUGCACCGAUGGCACUCCAACCAGACAGAGACAUUUUGCUACUACAUUGGAAAUGUCCUAGACAGGCCUUCAACAUCGUCUGUGGCACUGAGCACUUGCUCUGGUGUCAAACCAUGUAACGAAACAAAACGAGACGAAAAUACCAAACGAUAUGACAGAGGUUUUUUCAGUGUUGACGGCCAAACGUACCACAUAACGCCAAUCUAUCUGAACGGAUCAACCAGCCAAGUUACCAGUUAUAAGAUAUCAAGAGAUGUUGAUUAUCCAAAAGAAAAGAAGUUUUGUGGCGUCUCAGAGAUGACAGAAAAAUUGAAGGAGUCGUUACAAAUGAACGGUGUACAUCCAAGGUUCAAGAGACAAUCGGCUCCAACCAGUUCAAUGAGUGAUAAACUUAUAAUGGAACUUUACAUAUGCAAUGACUACGCCAGGGUUAUAAUUAAUUAUUGUUCUUUGCAGUACAAAUUAUCGUCCUUCAGUCGAAGCAUGGUCUUCCAGAGCACCAAGGAGAUUGUAAAUGCGGCUAACCUGUUAUUCCAAACGGUCGGCAUGUACGUAGUGUUAGUUGGCACCGAAAUUUGGGAGGACAAAGACCAAAUAACAGUCGAUGCAGACUCAAAUCUCACCUUAAAAAAUUACCAGUCUUACAGUUUUCUAACUCUACAGACUCGAGCUAAAUUUGAUGUCACAUUCUUAAUAUCAAAAGUGAAUUUCAACGGUGCUGUUUUAGGGUACGCUCCUGUCUCGUCUAUGUGCUCUUCAACGAAUUCUAACGGAAUAAUGACGGCCAUAGGGACGAACGUGGGAGUUUCGGGGGCGAUAUUGGCCCACGAGAUGGGGCACAAUCUGGGUCUUUCCCACGAUUCCGACUCGUGCUUCUGCGAUACGAAGGAUGUCACGUGCAUCAUGUACUCUCAGGCUUCGACCCAAAGACCAUCUAGAUCCUUCUCUUCCUGCUCCAAAGACCAGCUGGCAGUCAGCCUCACGAAAAAAGGUCUAGACAUCUGCCUAAAGAACAUUCCGGAUACAAUUUUCGACAGUGUGCCGGUCUGCGGGAAUGGAUUUGUAGAAAGCGGAGAGACAUGUGACUGCGGGAGAGCUACGAACCAGUUCUGCAACAACGAUUGUUGCAACGCAACGACAUGCCAACUCAUCAAGACGGCACAGUGUGCCUCUGGCGGUUGUUGCAAUGUCGACAAGUGCACUCUGAAGUCUCUCGGAACUGUUUGCAGAGGCCCUAAAGAUCCCAUCUGCGACCUGCCAGAAUACUGUGACGGGUCAUCCUUUCUGUGUCCACUGGACGUUUUCACACAUGAGGGGGUGCCCUGCAAGGCCUCCAAUAUGGACGGCUACUGUAGUAGCGGCCAGUGCCACAACCACCUCUCUCAGUGCCAGAUUUUGUUCGGCCCAGCAGCCGCGACCAGUGACGCCUCCUGCUACAAGCAGAACACCAGGGGUGAUAUAAAUGGGUUUUGCGAUUAUAAACCGUCGACCACAGAUAGCGGAAAGUUUACAUACAGUGCAUGUGACGACCAAAACUUAUUCGACUAUGGUACCUCCGUUGAGAACCCCGGGAUGGUUCCAUCUGGCUCCGUCUGCGGUUCAAACAAGAUGUGCAAAAAUAGAAGGUGCAUGGAUGUGAGCGAGGUGAUGAACAUGUCCCCCUGUCCUGCCUGCGUCCAAGGGGUGGGUGGUGCUAAGGUCGGCUUGAUAGUUGGACUGAUCAUAUUCUUCCUCAUUCUCAUUGCAAUCAUUGCACUCUGCAUCUACGAUUACAAACACAAGAAGUUCUUCAUCAACACUAUGUCCACUGUGUGUAGGAAGAUCUCAUCGAAGGUGCAACCAGCAGCAGCCCCACUCAAAUACAACAACAACUUGAAACGACCAACCAUUGAGCACAAAGGCCGCGAGAACAUCGCCUACGUAUCCGACGCCAGUAUCAUACCCACACGCAACAACAAGCCCACCAAACCGCCCCCACCAAAAUUCAACAACAACAACAACUACGACACCAACACUUACCAAGGUUUGGACGAACGCGAGAUCCCGUACGCAAAUUACAUGGAGUUGAAUGCAGGCGGUUUGAUGAAUAGUUACGUUUCAACUCCAACAUCCAGCUAUCCACCUUCAAACGCCUUUCAGCCUCAUCAACCGCCUCAGAAGCCAGCGUGGUUACCACAACAACUUCAACAACAACAAACAUUAGCAGGUACCGGGGCCAACGAUUUCAAGACCCCCCUCAGAAGAGCUCCAUCGAGGCCCACCUACCAACCUUCAAAUCCGACCCCCGCCAAUGCCAGACCAACCAAUCUGCCAAUCAAACCGGUAACCGAACCGACGAAGCCGGUAAAACCGUCGACGAACGCUCCGACGAGACCCGCUAAUUUGGCACAACCGAAAGUUCCGCCAUCUUCAGCCAAACCGAAAACGUUUGCAGAUAAUAAUAAUAACGACCAAAACAACAACAACAAAAAUAAUAAUAACAACAAUAAUAAUAACAGGACUAGCGGAAAUGGAAAAACGAAAGCCACCGUGAAAAACUUGAAGAACAUAUUCGAAAAUGCCAUGCCCUGAUGCUGCUGACAUGGAAUGGAAGCAAACCCAUCUCUAGGACUUUUUUCGGAGAAUUAAAAAUCAGAGAGAGAAAAAGAGAGAGAAAGAAUGAGAAAGAGAGAGAGAAAAAGAGAGAAUGAGGGAAAGGAAGACGGACUGACAGAGAGAAAUAGAGAGAAAGAAAGAAUGAAAGAAAUAGAAAAAUCUUAAAGCUAUAAAGCUAUAUCCAUUCGUACAUUAAAUGAAUCGUUUUUUCUUAUUUAUUAGUUAAAUUAAAUGUUUAAAUCGCAAUUAAUUUAUCUUAUUCGAUUAAUUGUAUUUUUAAUUAAUUUUUCAAUUAACUUAAUUUAAUAAAAUCUAUUUAAGCAAAAAUUCCACUUAAUUAACAUUCCGAUAAACAACAUCAUAACCAACUAUAUAUUUAUUAAUGAUGCAAAUGAUAUAUUAUAUAUAAACAAGUGUGUCUGUGUGUGUGUGCGUGCGUGUGUGUGUAAGCAAAGCUUGUUUAUAAUUUAAUUUGAAUUAAAAUGAUUUUUUGAUGGUUUUUUAUUAUUUUAUCAUUGUUUUACACAUUCGGCCUUUAUUAAAUAAUUGUUGCCUGUCUUUAUUGAAAUGCGAUAAGUUAACGUUGAUUCGAUUUUGAUUGAUUGAUUUUAUGUAAUAAAAACUCACACAAUU